AUGCCAACAGCAACAGCUCCAGCACCCCUCCCCCCCUCCUUCAACGCCUACCGCACCCUAGGCCUAGCGCCGCACCCCGCGCCCCCGCCCGACGCCCAAGCCCUCAAAGCCGCGUACCGCCGCGCGCUGCUGGCGUGCCAUCCUGAUAAGGCUCACGGUCUCACCCCUACAGAUGCUCGCGAACUCGCCACAAUCGACGACAUAACACUCGCGUACCGUACGCUCUCGACGCCCUCGCUCCGCGCCGAGCACGAUCGCGCACUGCGUCUGCGGUGCAGCGCAACAACAAACAACAACAACAACAACAACAACAACAACAACGGCGCAGCAGCAGGCGAGGCUGACCACGCGCGCCUGGGCCUCGAGCUCGUCGACCUCGACGAUAUGGCGUUCGAUGAGGGGAAGGGCGUGUGGUGGCGCGGGUGUCGGUGCGGCGAGGAGCGCGGGUUUGUGGUUGGCGAGGGGGAGCUCGAGGAGGGCGUCCUUGAUGGGGAUGCGGGCGUGGGAGAGGUGUUGGUUGGCUGUGGGGGGUGUAGUUUGUGGGUUAGGGUUGGGUUUGGUGUUGAGGUUGAGGGGGAGGGGGAGGGGGAGUGA